AUGAAUGAGCCAUCUAUUUUCAUCUACAGCGGUUAUGACACCGGCACCCUUGCUCCCGGACGGUGUUCUGCUUGGAUGUCGAAUGGGUGUCCGGCCGGAAACUCAGCGACGGAACCGUACGUGGUUGGCCACCAUAUGCUCCUUUGCCAUGCUGCAACCGUCAAACUAUACAAGGAGAAAUUCCAGGCAUCUCAAAAGGGUGAAAUAGGGAUAACACUAGUGUCUCACUGGAUGGUGCCUCAGUCCACCAGCAAAUCCGACAUUAGAGCAGCGCAAAGAGCCCUGGAUUUCAUGUAUGGAUGGUUCAUACACCCAUUAGUAUAUGGUGACUACCCUCAAAGCAUGCACAAACUGGUCGGGAAACGGUUGCCAAAAUUCACUAUUGAACAAGCAGUGUCUUUGAAAGGGUCUUUCGACUUCCUGGGACUAAACUACUACACUGCAAAUUAUGCAGCUAAUGUUCGUUUUCCUAAUACUAUUAAUGUCAGCAGCUCAACAGAUUCUCAAGUUCACCUUUCAACGGAGAAAAAUGGAAAACCCAUCGGUGAUUCGACAGGGGUGAGUACCUUUUUCGUCUAUCCGAAAGGACUUCGAAAUCUUCUGAUCUACACAAAGGAGAAAUACAACAAUCCAACCAUUUACAUUACUGAGAAUGGUAUUGGUGACGCCAAUAACAGUACGACUAAGGAAGGCAUCAAGGAUAUGCAGAGGAUAGAUUUCUACCAUCGCCACCUUUCGGCAGUUGAGGAAGCCAUUAAGGUUGGUGCCAAUGUCAAGGGGUUCUUCGCAUGGUCAUUCCUAGACACCUUUGAAUGGGCGUCUGGCUAUACCCUAAGGUUUGGUAUCUGCUAUGUAGACUACCUUGAUGGUCUUAAGAGAUACCCCAAAUAUUCUGCUCUUUGGUUCAAAAAGUUUCUCCAUUAG